UUCCCUGGAAACUCGUUCAAGUUGGUUGUUUUUCCCUCACAGAGCUGUUUGAUUAGCACCAAAAUCACUUCCAAUUUUCAAUCAGAAAAGAGAAGAAUGUCUUGCUGUGGAGGAAACUGUGGCUGCGGCACCGGCUGCAAGUGUGGCAGUGGCUGUGGAGGAUGCAAGAUGUACGCUGACAUUAGGUUUGCCGAGAAGACUACAACAGAGACUCUUGUUCUUGGCGUGGCACCCCAGAAAGCGCACUUUGAGGGAGCUGAGAUGGGAUCUGGGGCUGAGAGCGGCUGUGACAACGGAUGCAAGUGCGGAGACAACUGUACCUGCGACCCUUGCACUUGUAAAUGAGAGAAGACAAAGAUCCAUGGAAGCAGAGAGGCCUUUCUCUUUUAACAAAUAAUUAUUAGUAUGUCUUGCAGUUAUGUGUUUCUGCGUUUAUUAGAAUAAAGUUGCCAUGGCUUUUGUCUUAUCUGCAAAUCUUCAUCAGGAUUUGCCUCUGUGGCAGCCAUGGUUGCUUGGUGUGUACAAAUAUAGGGAAGUAAUACUAUUUAGCUUCUAUGUCUAAUGUGAGCAUCUCUGCUAUCUCGGAAUAUUAUGACUAUAUAUCCUUGUGUUGUACGAAAGUGAGUCAGUUUUCUAAUGAAUGAACCGAAGCUCCUUUCUCUUUA